AAAUGACUACAGAAAACAGCGGAAUAAAAGAACCGGAAAUAGAUAAAAAAAAUGUUAUAAAAAACAGAGAACUUCUCUACAGAAUGAUAAUCAGUCAAUUAUUUUAUGACGGACAUCAAUCACUUGCUGUGCAAUUGUCAAAUUUAACGCAAGCAGAACCACCAUGUCCACCAUCAGAUAGAUUGUUGCAUUUGAUGCUCAUUGGUAUGGCCAAUGAGCCAGAUCGUUCGAAAAAAGACAAUAUAAAUGCGGUAUCAUUCAAUAAUUUUGAAAACACUCUUGGUCCUGGAUUGGAUCUCGAGUAUGAAACGGAAACUCAAACGCAAGCACCUGAACCAGCCCAGUAUGAAACUGCUUAUGUUACAUCGCAUAAAGGUAAUUGUCGUGCUGGAGCAUUUUCCCCAGAUGGACAAUUAAUAGCAACCGGUUCAGUGGACGCGUCUAUUAAAAUACUUGACGUUGAUAGAAUGUUGGCAAAGUCUGCGCCAGAUGAAAUGGUACCUGCUGACCAGGCUGCCGGGCAUCCAGUUAUCAGGACACUUUAUGAUCAUUUAGAAGAAGUCACUUGUUUAGAAUUCCACCCACGUGAGCCUAUUUUGGUGUCAGGCAGCCGGGAUUUUUCAAUUAAAUUAUUUGACUACAGUAAAGCGAGUGUCAAAAAAGCAUUUCGCACAAUAAAUGACGCUGAUCAAAUUCGUUGCCUGUCAUUUCAUCCAACUGGAGAUUUUUUGGUUGUCGGAACAAAUAAUCCAGUUGUUCGGCUUUAUGAUGUAAAUACGGCUCAGUGUUUUGUUUGCAGUAUACCCAAUCAACAACACACUGGUGGUAUUACCAGUAUCAAAUACUCGACAGAUGCUAAAACUUACGCAUCUGCUGGAAAAGAUGGUAGUAUUAAAUUGUGGGAUGGUGUUUCUAAUAGAUGUAUAAAUACGUUUGUUAAAGCGCACGAUGGUUACGAAGUUUGUUCUGUUGCAUUUACAAGAAACGGAAAGUAUCUAUUGUCAUCCGGUAAAGAUUCAUUGAUUAAAUUAUGGGAAUUAUCAACAAGUAGAUGUUUGAUAGCGUACACAGGCGCCGGGACCACAGGUAAACAAGAGCACAAAGCUCAGGCAAUAUUCAAUCACACUGAGGAUUAUGUAAUGUUCCCUGAUGAAGCAACGACGUCUCUGUGUGUUUGGAAUUCCCGCAAUGCAUCUCGAAAACAAUUAUUGUCACUGGGUCACAAUGGCCCGGUACGACUAAUUGUUCAUUCACCGACAGCUCCCGCAUUUUUAACCUGCAGCGAUGAUUUCAGAGCUAGAUUUUGGUUCCGACGAAUGCCCACCCAUUAAAAACAGCCAUUUACUUAAAAAAUAAAAAAAAAAAAAAGAUUUACAGUUGUAAAUCUUUAUUUUUGUAUUUUUCGUGAUAAACAAUUAUAAACAACUAGAUUUUAUAAACUAAUGUUUUAUUUAUUUUGAAAAUCAAUAAUUAAACUGAGUUUGAAUGUAACUGACAAGCGGGAAUUUAAAAAUUUUUGAAUAAAUAAAUGAAAUAUAAGUAGAAUAAAAAUUUAAAAAUUUAUAUUUUGAAAAUUUGAAAAUCCGUACGCGCAUUUUUUAAAAUUUCAUUAAUUAAUUUAUUUAUUUUAAAUUAAUAAACUGUCAC